CCAAAAACAGAGAAAACCUUUGAGGAGAGACUGAUUUUGAAGGCAUUCCUACUGAAGUUUGUGAAUUCUUAUGCACCAAUUUUUUAUGUUGCCUUUUUUAAAGGAAGAUUUGUUGGCCGUCCUGGUCAUUAUGUUUAUGUGUUUGAUGGUUAUCGAAUGGAAGAGUGUGCUCCAGGAGGCUGUUUGAUGGAACUCUGUAUUCAGCUGAGCAUCAUUAUGCUUGGAAAACAACUGAUUCAAAACAAUCUGUUUGAAAUUGGAAUCCCGAAGCUAAAGAAGCUCUUCAGGAAGCUGAAGGAUGAAAGAACUGAGCCAAAAGAAAUGGACACCAACCAGUCAAAGGACCCUCAGCAAUGGGAUCUUGACUACAUCUUGGAACCUUUCACUGGGCUCACUCCAGAAUAUAUGGAAAUGAUUAUCCAGUUUGGCUUUGUCACACUCUUUGUUGCCUCCUUCCCUCUGGCACCUCUCUUUGCUCUUCUGAACAACAUCAUAGAAGUCCGGCUUGAUGCAAAAAAGUUUGUUACUGAACUGAGGAGGCCAGACACAGUAAGAGCAAAAGAUAUAGGAAUUUGGUAUAACAUUUUGAAUGGUAUUGGAAAGCUUUCGGUUAUCAUUAAUGCUUUUGUAAUUGCUGUCACAUCUGAUUUCAUUCCACGCCUUAUGUAUCAAUACGCAUACAGUCAAAAUGGAACCAUGCAUGGCUUCAUCAAUCACACGCUCUCAUACUUCAAUGUCAGUCAUCUCAAAGCUGGAACACAGCCAGAAAACUCCCCAUUUGCACGGGAUGUUUUAUUCUGCAGGUUCAAAGACUACAGAGAACCACCUUGGUCCCCAAAUCAGUAUGAGUAUACUAAACAGUACUGGGCGGUCUUAUCUGCUCGCUUGGCUUUUGUUAUUCUAUUUCAGAACUUGGUGAUGUUCCUCAGUGUUCUAGUUGACUGGAUGAUUCCCGAUAUCCCCAAGGACAUCAGUGAACAGAUCAAAAAGGAGAAGAGCGUGCUUGUUGACUUCUUCCUGAAGGAAGAGCAUGAAAAACUGAAGCUGAUUGAAAGCUUUAUCGCACGUGACAAGCAGAAACACAAAAGUGGGACCAAAGGCGAAAGGAUCCGGGCUGCCAGCUUCUGUCAGUUUAACCGAAGUCAGAAAGGCAGCUUUGCCUCCUUUAGCUCACAGCACACAGAAGUGUGA